CAUAUAAGGGGCACAUGUUAUGAGAAGCAGCCAGGGGCCAUCGUGCGAAGGGCACAUGUUCUAAGGAGUUGCCAGGGGCCAUCAUAUAAGGGGCACAUGUUAUGAGAAGCAGCCAGGGGCCAUCGUGUGAAGGGCACAUGUUCUAAGGAGUUGCCAGGGGCCGUCAUGCGAAGAGCACAUACGUUGAGGAGCUGCCAGGGGCCGUCGGGUGAAGGCCGGUACAACCAUAUGGCAGCAGCCCCGUCACACUGUGGAGCUCAUGAUAAAAUCAGAAGCGCAGACUAACAGACCCCGGCGGAACCACAAGCCCCUCCGCCAUCCCCGCCACAGCACGAGGCAGAAUAAACCGCCACCGCAGAAACACACGUUACACGACGACUGGACACUAAGCCGACCCUGACUAGAUCGAAUACACGGAAGUAAAACAAACUAAAACCCGCUGGGCGAGUUGCCGGCACCAAUUCCGGAGGGAGGUGACUAGCAAAGGCCGGAGUGGGGAGGGAACCUCCAGGAAACGGCCCUACAUUUAUACUGCCCAGUUGCAGUUUUUAAGACCAGUAAUGGAUUUGAGGCUUACUGUGGACAGUCUGGAUCCCUCCGAAGAUUCGGAGACGACUGGGAGCGAAACCCCUGUGGUUUUCUCCCCCGUAACAAGUCCUGCACCAACGCCGGCUGAGGACCCAGAUGACUCCACACUGGCCCAGGCCCCCCUACCACUGGCCAGUCCACCACGUCUUGUCAAGCCGCAGCCGAGACGUCGUCGCCAAGUCCCUCCCUCUACCUCUGGGCAAGAGAGUCAGGAAAUGAUUGACGCAUGCGUCAUAGAUUUUCUUGCCCAGAGGAGGAGUGAUGGCUUGGAGGAGAAAAUGUUACAGGGACUAGGGCCGCUAAUGAAGCAGGUCACUCCUGACGAGCAUCACGAGUGCCUGGCUUCAUUGGCCAUAGUUAUUAAAAUGUUUUCUUGCCCUAACCAUGGCGACAUUCUUGGCAAAUUAAAUGCCAUAAAAAUCGAUAUUGAGAAUGCCGGACAGCAGCCAACAGCAGGAGCCUUUCAGUUGCCGCCCCAACCCACCCAAGGGCCUUCUUUCCCCCCACAACCCCAGUAUGGUCUACCCCAGGGCCCAAUGCAUAAUGUGGGUCAGCCCCUUUACCCGGGCAGUUUGCCAACUGGGGCACCUCAACAGGCCCAUGUAAGGCCACGGUCCUCAUUUGCUCCAGGAUCGUUUACACAGGACCUUCUUGAUUUAUAGUUUUGGAGCACUUUAUAUGUUUUGUGCUUAAUGUUGUAAACAUUACCUUUCCGUUGAUAUUGGUUAUCCCAAUAUUUCACUUAAAUUUGG